GGGACCGAACUUGGUGUUGUUGGGAAAAGGAAAGCCUCAAACAGGGAGUUGUGGUUCUUCCCCGCUCUUGACCGAGCAGCCUUGCGCUCCCGAGGUUCCCGAUGGAAGCGUCACAGGCAGCGUUCAGUAGCAAUAGUCUCCCGAGUGCAAAUUUCCUCGGAUUGCCGCUUUUUUAGCGGAAAUCGAGAAAACUCGGGUCGAAUGUCUUGGGGACCGAACGGGAGAAGCUUCCCCUUAAUGGCGUUGUCGAAAAUCACAUUGGGACAUUUGAAUACAGUAAUAUUUGGCAAUAAUGAACCAGACAGAGAAGGAUGAGCAAGAUGUUCCUCCAUAUCUUAACAGUGAACCCCCAGAAGAUUCAGUAAAAGAUCAUCCACAACAACAGCCUGGCAUGCUUACCCGGGUGACUGGCGGCCUCUUCAGCAUAACCAAAGGAGCUGUCGGUGCCACAAUUGGUGGCGUAGCAUGGAUAGGAGGGAAAAGCUUUGAAGUGACCAAAACAGCAGUAACUGCUGUGCCUUCCAUGGGAAUAGGAUUAGUUAAAGGAAGUGUUUCAGUUGUGACAGGAAGCGUUACAGCUGUAGGAUCUGCUAUCUCAAGCAAAGUGCCUUUAACUGGGAAGAAAAAGGAUAAAUCUGAUUAAAGAAAUUUAGUACUGUUUCGUUGAGGACCUUAUGUGGCUAUGGGACCUACAAGAUUUGGACUACUGUAAGGUCACCAUUCUGGAGGAAUAUCUAAAGAACUGAAAGAAUUAACUUUCUCCUGCAAGGGACAUUAGCAGCCUGGUAUCACAGAAACUUUAGAUUUCUUCAGGAACUUGUCUGGUGAAAGGUUACACUUGAUUGAAAAAAAAAAAAGGAAUCAAGUACAUGGAUCUGAAGGAAUGGCUCACGUUUGAACAUUAAUUCACUUUUCGAUAUCUUGAAUUAAAAAUGUGAAAAUAGAAGUGGAGGGAAUGACUUGGCAAAAAGUUAAGCACUUCACGGUCUGAUGAUAAUAGCUCCCUUUAAAAUAAUUUCAGCAUUAAAGUGCUUAAAUAUUAGCCUGAUUAUGCCCUUAAUUGGUUGCCUCUGUCAUACACAGAUACAUUGAUGUUCUAGCUUCAAGCCUAUGAUGUCUAUAUUUUUUUGGAAAACAGUCCUUGAACUCCCUAUAGAGUCCUUGUGUAUCUUUGCUUUUUCAAACUAUUUUUAUAAACACUAAAUUCUUUAGAAGUCAACUGUCACAAGGAUUUGUUUGUGUGCGCACACGCAUGUAUAUGUGUGUAUAGUAUAUUGAGUCAAAUCAUUCAUGCCUUAUGGUGAAAAACAAUCUAUUUUUUACUUAAGAGAAUCUUUUAAAGUUUUUGUAAUGUCUGUCAUUUCAAAGCAGUCUGUAGAAGGAGUUCUACACUUUUUUUAAUCUGUUGAUACUGACAAAGACAGACUGCUAAAUCUCAGGUGUAGCGUACUGAUGUUCUCACCUGCAAAAUGAAAAGCCCUUUAUGUUGUUAGGUUGCUUAACUGAAAAUUAAUUCCAAGUUUACAUUAAGACAAUAUUGAGUAACUUUCAGCUGUAAAAUAAAAACACUUCUGUGGUUUCUAGCCUCAAGGUACAAAUGUGUACAAUCUUAUUUCCGGAGUACAUAAUGCAAAUACAGCAACUGCUGUUGCUGUGUAUAAUCUGUUUGCCUGAGUAUCACCCAUUAUCACUAGAGAUUUUGUAGAGUUUGAUGAAUUAUGCUUGAUAUUUUCAAUGAUAAUUAACAUAAAAUAUUUUCUACAAAUAAUACCUCAGCAGGUACGUUUGCUGAAUGGCACCCAUGACCAAUAAUGAUAGAAACAAGUGAUUUGCAGAGAAAUGUAUUUCGUGCAUACAUUUUCAAAGUUUCUAAGCAAGACAUAGAUAUGUCUCUUUCAGUCUGUCUUGUUUCUAAUCCCUAAUCCAUUAAAUCAGGGUUGGUAGUCCUUUGUGCUCAGUGGGCUAUAUUGUGGAUUUAUUGGAUUGAUAUCUUUCAGUUUCAUUUAGAAGCUCUUUAGCAUGUUUCUGUUGAAUUUAUAAUAUUUUGGUAGUCCUUAAAAGAGACUGAAGUUCACAAGACUAUUCUGUUUGCAAUGUUUCUUAAAAUAUGUGUUAAAAACAUACAAACCUGGUUGGAAUAGUUGUGAUUAUAAACACUAGGUUAAAACAGAUGGUGUCUUGUAAAAGUAAUGACCAAAAACUGUCCCUUGUCUAAAAUUACAUAUUCAUAAAUUAAAUUAAUCUGAUAUAAUUUA